CCCUGACAUCACACAGCUGCAGAGAUGAAUAAACAAAGAGGAACCUUUUCAGAAGUGAGUCUGGCCCAGGACCCAAACAGGCAGCAAAGGAAACUUAAGGGUAAUAAAAGCUUCAUUUCAGAAACCGAACAGGAAAUAUUCCAAGGAGAAUUAAACCUUCAAAAUGCUUCUCUGAAUCAUCAAGGGAUUGAUAAAAUAUAUGACUGCCAAGGUUUACUGCCACCUCCUGGGGAGCUCACUGCUGAGGUCCUGGGAAUCAUUUGCAUUGUCCUGAUGGCCACUGUGUUAAAAACAAUAGUUCUUAUUCCUUUCCUGGAGCAGAAGAAUUCUUCCCCGAAUACAAGAACCCAGAAAGCACAUCAUUGUGGCCAUUGUCCUGGGGAGUGGAUUACAUAUUCCAACAGUUGUUAUUACAUUGGAAAGGAAAAAAGAACUUGGGAAGAGAGUUUGCUGGCCUGUGCUUCAAAGAACUCCGGUCUGCUUUCUAUAGAUAAUGAAGAAGAAAUGAAAUUUCUGGCCAUCAUUUCACCUUUCUCAUGGAUUGGUGUGUUUUGUAACAGCAGUCAUCAUCCGUGGGUGACAAUAAGUGGUUUGGCUCUCAAACAUGAGAUAAAAGACUCAGAUCAUGCUGAAUGUAACUGUGCAAUGCUAUCUGUACAUGGACUUAAAUCAGACCAGUGUGGAUCUUCAAAAAUAUAUCAUUGUAAGCAUAAGCUUUAGAAUUAAAGCAUUUGAGUUUGCAGUUCAUCAGAUAAAUUUUAUAUUUGUUAAAAUAGAAAUGAUAUUAUGAUUGCAUAAGUCUUAAAAUGAAUUGCAUAAUUUGCUCUAAUGAGAAAAUUCUAAAUAAAUUAUUGAAAUAUAAUACACACAAUUUAAAAAGUACAGAUAUCCUGGCAUUUAAGUCGGGCUCAUUUUGCUUAACAUGAUGUUUGUGGCAUUCAGCCUUCCUAAAAGUUGCAUGCUAUGUGGGUCAGUUUAUAUGAAGUAUCAAGAACAAGCAAAACCAUGGAGACAGAAAAUAAAAUAGCAUUGCCAAUGCCUAAGGGAGGUUGAAAUAGGAGGUGUCCACUACUUGCUACAAUGUUUCUUUGUGUCAGUGAUGAAAACUUCCUAAUUUCAGUAGUGGUGAUGGUUGUAACUCUGUGAAUAUACUAAAAAUCACUGAUUUUUAAUUAUUUUAAGUGGAUGAAAUUUAUGCUAUGUACAUGAUACCUCAAUAAAGCUGUCCAAAAAAAAUAUACCGUCCCAGGAUUGCUUGAGUCUGCAUUUAAAAUACAAA